CAAAACUCAACGGUCAAGACAGCUUUUGUGUUUGAACACGAAGAGAAAAUCUUGUAUUCCACGCUUUCUCCUAUUAAUUGUGUAAAUAACGGCCGAUUACAGUGCAAAAAUUAAUAUUAUUGGAUACUCCGUAAUCCUGACAGUCACAAUAAGAUACUAUGAAGGAAAGAUUUGAGCUCACUAUCCCAGGUGUUCAUUGUAAAUAAUUGACGAGUUGAAGACAAAUAUCAACGAAAUUAACUAUGGAUAAUUUCAGAAACAGACAAAAUGCAGAAAUGAGAAAAUAUACUUUAUCAUUGAAGAAUCGUCUUCAAAAUAAGCUCCCACAGACAGUGAACCCAAAACUCGACAGAAUAAGUGACACAUCAGAUCCAAGUGAUUCCCAGAAUUUUAAAUUGAGAAUUUCUGAUAGUUAUUACGUUGAAGAUUCUGACGAGGAAAAGUCCACCAAAAUCGACGUUAACAAUAAAGCAAGAUCUGUGAAAAAUAACAAUGAAGUUAUUGUUAUCAGCGACUCUAGUGAUGACGAUCGAGAGCCAGAAGGUCAAACGUAUAGAUCCUCAACAGAGGACAACAAUAAACGAAAUUCCUCAAGGGAAAUGGUGAGCGUUGAGGUGUCUGAUCAGGAUGACGAGGUUUUCACAGGCUCUUUGACUAAUGGGCAAUCCACAGGAUCAAGGAAUGGGUCAAGGAGCCACAGCCGUGCCCAGGACUCCUCAGACUCUACAAACUUUGAAUUAAAAUUCGAGGAGAAUGAUAAAGAGAGCGUGGUUGACACUUCCUACACAACACCAGCCAAGAAAGUCCCCUUGAUCACCGGAGGAUUGACUACUGGGGUUUCCACAAUGACUUCUGAAACAUCUGCAAGGCUAAAUCAGCCAUCAACGAGCAGUACCAAGAAAUUUGGAACCCCAGGAUCUACGAAAUUGAGUCAGUGCACAACUCCAUUAUCGAAGAAAGAAGCUAAAAACCUGAUGAAGAUCAUCAGAUCCAAGAAAAUAGAAUCUCCACUGGUCUCUGACAAGAAUCAUAUAAUCGCAGAGACAGAUUCUGACUCCGUCGUGACUGACGAGGAGCCAGAUGGCAAGGUGUCCCACCCAGCCUGGAUAGACGACAGUGAUGUAGAAGCUUCUCCUGUUCCAAAACCCUCCAUAACUCACGUGACUAGAUUUCUAAAUCCACCAGACCACGCUGACUGCCUGUCAGACGAGAAAAAAAAAGACAUCUCACGAUGGCUGCUGAACAAUUGUUCCAGUGAGAGGAGUGACGAUUCCAUCAGCAACAUUUCAGGUAACAAUAGAAACAGUAGUUCUAGCUCAGGACACAGGAGCCUCGAACGACUGGAGCUGAACUACGAGACUCCAAAUAAUCGACAGAAGUUUCGAGACAAAUCAAACACUCCAAAGGUACAGAAACCUCUGAUCGACUCGUCUCGAGGGACACCUCGUCAAUCCCUCAUGGAUGAUUACUUAAAGAAAACCAAGAGCAGUAGCAAACUUACAUCCAAGAAAUACCCCCCAGUUAUUAAAUCAAAGACUGUCGCAGUGUCUCCGAUUAUCGAUACCCCCAAAUCUAAAAUCGAUGACUGUGCCGACAUCCUGGACAAAUUGUAUGGGACAGAAUGGAGGGCGGCAAAUCUCUUUCCAGUGACAGAGCCCAGAAAGAAAGUUGUGUUGAAGGACAGAGGAGUCCAGACCGAGUGCAUUAAAAAACCAAAGAAACCUUUGACGCAAUUUGAGCACAACUCAAAAGACAAGAAGUCCAGGUAUAGGGACAGUUUUAUCGUACACUCGUCAGACUCUGAGGAGAGCACUGGAGACACAACUUACAUGACAGCCCUGACAAAUCCAAACCUCUCCCGACUGAAGAAUUUGGAGAGGAGGGAGACUCCAAGGAGUUUAAACACAAUUAAAGCUAUUGAGAUUUGUGAUUCUGAUACCGAGGAGGAUACUCCUGGCAAGAGGCCGGUGGACAAUAAAAAAAAACUUGUAUUCAGCGAUGAUGACGAUGACCAUGACUCAGAGACCAGUGAGUACGAUCCUGAUGACAUUGUCCUACCGAAAUCGGAGUUACCAAGAACUAUUCGACCUCUGCAUAAAUCAAAAAUUCCAACGAGAACUGUAGCUUCUUCGAAAUCUGAUGUUCGACGUCAGAAGCCCAAGAGUUUCCUAGCUUCAUUGUCAGCAUCAGUUCCUCUAGAGGAUUGUCAUGUGGAUGCUAAAAGGUAUCGUCUGAAUUUCAAGAACACCAAGGAGGACCUUGUCAAGGUACUGUACAAGAUGUACAACGAGAAAAUAUUUGAAAAUAAAUUGCCCCCUGAUAUGCUGAUCGAGUGGAAUGUUCGUAUGCGAGGAACGGCUGGAUUUUGCUACAACAAGAAGGUCAAGACGUUGACCGGGUUUGUAAGGUCGUCUAGAAUUGCUCUGGCCACGAAAAUCGUGGAUAAACCCGACCGGCUGAGGGAUACGUUGGUUCACGAACUGUGUCAUGCAGCCACUUGGCUCACCAAUGAGAUUUCCGAUGGGCAUGGGCCCUUCUGGAAGGCCUGGGCUAUGAAGGCCAUGAAUACUUUUCCUGAAUUACCCCCAAUCAAACGAUGUCAUGAUUACGAAAUCUCUACCAAAUUUACGUAUCGUUGUACGCAGUGUGGUUACAGUAUUGGACGUCACUCCAAGUCACUGGACGUGCAGAAGAAGCGUUGUGGCUACUGUUUCGGUCGUUUUGAGUUGCUAUUGAAUCGAGUGACAAAGUCAGGAACAAUGCAGCAGAUCCCAAAGACCCCUAGUUCGAAAGAACCCUCGGGCUUUGCAUUAUUCGUAAAGGAGAAUUAUUCAUCGGUGAAGAAAAAUCGUCACGGUGUUCCUCACAAAGAGAUCAUGCAAUUUCUAGGCUUGCGAGAGGCACAUCGGUAUUUUUAUAAACAAAGACGUGUAUUUAAUCAGAAAUAUGAAGAUCUUGACGAACGACAACGUUUUGAUCAUCUAGGGGAGAUAUCACAAAGAUAAACUUCUAUUGACAGUGAUAUCUGAAGGCUGAAGGAGUUCGGAGGGAAAACUGGGGCUCGAUUGAAUUUCAUAUGAAUUUAUUGAAGAUUAUUGAACAAUUUUUUAAUUAUUUUUCUAUUUUGAACAGCCGCCAAUUUUACCGUCUCCCACCCCCACAAGAUGACACACUGGAGAUGGUGUAAAUAUUAAUAAACAGACGUGUAAUUAAUUAAAAAUACAGAGCUGUCAUUAUAUUUAAACCUGUAAAAGACUGGAGCUUUAUUAAAUUUCAUAUGAAUAUGUUGAACAUGAA